AUGUCGUUUCUACGACUGGCUGUGGUCCAUAGCAGCCAAAUUCACAUCCGACGACGGUUGCUUUCUCUUGGCACUGCAUGCUCGUUCCAUAACCAGUCCGGGCCAUCGAGGCUCUCAUCUGCACCGGCGCUUCGAUCACCUCCUCCCACGCCGCGCGAUACACCGCCAGGGUUUCGCGAUUUCCAUUCUUCCAUCCAAAACCACAAGAAGCAGAGUGGCAAAGGCAACGCUUCCAAUGAGAAAGGCUCGAAAGAAUUUUCGCACACCCUGCAGCUUCCCAGCACACCUUUUGCGAUCCGUGCUAACGCCGCUCAGCGAGAUAAGCUCUUUCACAACCGUACUUGCACGGAGCUCUAUCACUGGCAACGCUCCAGGCCCAAUUCGACAGGCGACUUUGUUUUCCACGAUGGCCCGCCAUACGCCAAUGGACACCUGCAUUGCGGACACGCACUCAACAAGAUCCUCAAAGAUAUUGCGAACCGCUUUCAAGUACUUCGCGGCAAACGCGUUCACUACAUGCCAGGCUGGGAUUGCCACGGCCUUCCUAUCGAAGCCAAAGCGCUAGCGAGCGUUUCCGCUGAUCAGAGGCACACGCUCACCCCCAGAGAUAUCCGUCAAAGGGCGCACGAUGAAGCCGUAAAGGCAAUAGAAGUUCAGAAGCAAGAGUUUGGUCAAUUUGGGAUCAUGGCAGACUGGAGCCACGAGGCCACCUAUCGUACUCUCGACCCCGGCUACGAAGCUCGUCAGGUGCGCGUCUUUGGCGAAAUGGUCCGCAAAGGGCUCAUCUACCGUCAGUACCGGCCGGUUUACUGGUCGCCCUCGAAUCGCACCGCCUUGGCUGAGUCGGAACUAGAAUAUCGCGAAGACCAUCUCAGCAAAGCUGUCUACGUUGCGUUCAAGAUGAAUGCUGGCCCCCAGCUGCUCCGAAAGCUAGGUUCUCAGACCGCCAUCUCGCAAGAUCUUCACGCUGUCAUCUGGACAACGACUCCGUGGUCGCUGCCAUCCAACAUGGCCAUCAACGUCAACCCCAUGCUCGAUUAUAGCGUUGUUCGAGCGUCGGGUUCUGAAGGGCCUUACUACGUUGUAGGCUCAGACCGGCUUGAGGCUUUGGCGUCGCUGCCUUCCAGUGUCCAAUCCUCGCAGAAUGGUGAUCCACCGUCAAUCGGGCCGUUCGAGGAGAUCGUUCGAAUCAAGGGUACCGACCUGUCUGAUUCGGUUUACCAGUCGCCACUCGACCGCGCUGCCAGCGCGCUUAAACCGAUCCUGAUGGCCGAGUACGUAACAGCGCUCUCCGGUACCGGACUUGUGCAUUCGGCACCCGCACACGGCGCCGAGGACUACCAAGUAUGGAAGCAGCAAGGUCAUAUCGACCAACAUGGCAUCUUCUCUCCCAUCGACGACGAAGGCCGGUACUCUUCAGACAUCCUGCGGCUCGAAGACCUCUCUGCAGAUGUGUAUUUGGACAAAGCGGAGAGCGUCGGACAGCGCCUGCUUGGUAAGGAGGUGCUCAGCGACGGGGCCCACGAGGUACUGACCAUCCUCAAGGAGCGUGAUGCAUUGAUCUCGGCGCAGACACUGCGACACAAGUACCCUUACGACUGGCGUUCUAAGAAGCCCGUCAUCGUCAGGGCAACAGCACAGUGGUUCGCCAACUUGGACGACAUCAAGCAGCAAGCAAUCGAGGCUCUUGGCGAUGUCACCUUUGUGCCACCCAACUCGCGCGCACGUCUCGAGUCUUUUAUCUUGGGACGCUCCGAAUGGUGCAUCUCCCGACAGCGCGUUUGGGGCGUGCCCAUUCCGGUCUUGUACGACGCGGUCACAGACGAGCCGUUGAUGACGGUAGCCAACAUUGAACAUAUCGCAUCCGUGUUGGAAAUACAAGGUACUGACUAUUGGUGGGAGGCAGACGCCGACGUCUUCGUCGCACCGCAGUACCGUCAAGAGGGUCGCACAUGGCGCAAGGGCCAAGAUACGGUGGACGUCUGGUUCGACAGCGGUACAUCGUGGGCCACGCUCAAACAUCAGCUCGCGCUCGAGCCCAUCACCCGUGCAGCAGCAAGUCCAAGCGCAAGUUCUAUUGCCGAUGUCUAUCUGGAAGGCUCAGACCAGCAUCGCGGCUGGUUUCAGUCCUCGCUCAUCACAGCCGUCGCUACUACGCCAGAGGGUCAGAGACCGAUCGCCCCGUACAAGACCGUGGUGACGCACGGCUACGUGCUCGAUGCCGAGAGUCGCAAGAUGAGCAAGAGUCUGGGCAACGUCAUUUCGCCUCUGAGAAUCAUUCAAGGCGGACAGGGAUCAGACGAGCCGGCUUACGGCAUUGACGUUUUGCGGCUGUGGGUCGCUAGAAGCGACUACACCACCGACCCGCCCAUCGGCAACGAGAUCAUGCACAAGACUGCCGAGACCUUGCGCAAGCUCCGCAACACGGCUCGUUUCAUGCUAGCCAACCUCCCCGCUGACGGCAACGUGAUGGAUUUGAAUAGCUCAGAGAUGAGGCUCCUCGAUCGCUUUGUGCUGCAUGAACUAUACCAGCUCGAGCGGACCUGCGCUAUCGCCUACGAAACAUACGACUUUGCUCAAGUGGUUCGCCGAUUGACCGAGUUUGCAAAUCUUACCCUCUCGAAUCUGUACCUUGACGUCGGCAAGGACAGUCUCUAUCUGGAUGGCCUCGACAGCUCACGACGCAAGACCGUGGUAGCAGUCAUCGAACACAUCCUACGCACCAUGACGGGAAUCAUGGCCCCCAUCACACCGUUGCUGAGCGAGGAGAUCUUCCAUUUCCGCAACGGAGCCACUCGCGACCCGGCAGAAGACGAGCAAGGGGCUCCUUCCGUCUUUUCUGCUGGCUGGCCCCAAGUCGACGAACGCUGGAACGACCAGCACGCUGCGGCAGACUGCAGGCAGCUUCUGAAGCUGCGCGAUGCAGCGCUUGUGAUGAUCGAGGAGGCAAGACAAUCCUCGCAUGUCAAGACCUCCUUCGAAGUAGAUGUUGACCUCAUCGUCAAGCACAGCCACUCGCGAGUGGCAACACUCCUGGCGACAUACCGUGCGGAGCUUACAGAGCUCUUCAACGUCGCAAAGGUCAACGUGAUCGAACAAGAUCGAAACCAAAAGCAAGAGGAAGAAGAAAACACUCUGAUCACGCGGAAGAGCGAAGUCGAAGUGACCGUGCGGGUACGUCGCUCGUCGCGCCACAAAUGUCCGCGAUGCCGAACACUUCGCAAAGAGGUCGAGGCUGACCGACUCUGCCAACGCUGUCAGGCGGUUGUCGAGGGGCUUUCCAGAUCGCAAUUGUAA